GCUUUUUGUAAACAAACUUGUUUUAAACAUCGAAAAAUCAGUUUUCAUGCCAUUCUCUAAUUAUAAGGACACCCUGCCAAGUGUAAACAUCCCAGUAAACAUUAAUGACCAACUGCUAACAAAAGUUGAUAGUUAUAAAUACCUUGGUGUAGUGUAUGAUGCUAAUGCUUGAGAAGGUACUUUCAAGAAGGCAGGUACUGCAAAUUUACUAUGGCCUUUUUCAUAGUGUUGCGGUGUAUGGGAUAGUUGGCUGGGGUGGUCUGUAUGAUAGUUCACUUAAACCCUUGAUCCGGCUCCAGACACGGAUUUUAAAGAUUAUUGGAGUUAAUGAAAGUGAUCCUGAUAGACCACUUGAGAUAAGACAAGUUUUCGUCAUGAAGUCUAUUACCAGACACUAUAGCGAGCUCAGGAAUGAAUUUAACAACUGCCCUACUAAUACCAGGCAUAGAAGUGUUGAACUGCCUAGACAAAAACUGAAGAUAGGUCAAAGAAGCUCCUCUUAUUACGCCAAAGUUUACUAUAAUAAACUUCCUAACAAUUUGAAGUCGAUGGUUGGUGUUGGUGACAGCCUAAAGAAGAAUUUAAGGGAAGCGAUAAAAACUAGGAUAGUAACAUGAAUUCUCUAAAAAAUUGUAUUUUUUGUUGUUGAUUAUUUUAAAUGUCAUAGUUUAUCUUUUGUUGUUGUAAAGAUGUGUUUAGUUUUGAGAUGGUUGGGGGUCAAGUGAUUUUUCAUAAAUGGAGAAUAAUUGUGUUUUCUUUUUUUUUGGGACCACCCAUGUACAGGCAUUUAUGCCUCCUUUGGGUCCUUCAUUUUUUGUUAUUUU